AUGAGUGAUGCUCACGUCGUCUCGCACGGCGACAAGCACUCAGCAUCCCAGGAUGUUUCCGAGCAAACAGAGACACCACAAGACCAAAUAGCCCUGGAAGACGUGGAGAAACUGGACCGACGUAUCAUCUCCGCAUUCUGGGUCCUCUACUUCCUCUGCUCGGCCAUCCGCUCCAACGUAGGAUUGGCGCAGACCAUGAACGAAGACACAGGCCACAACCUAGCAGAUGUCCUCCACCUAACCCCCCACCAAAUCUCAACCGGCCUAGCCCUCUUCUACGUCUGCUACGUGGUCUUCGAUCUACCCUCGAACCUGAUCAUGACCCGGCUCAGUCCACACGUAUGGAUGAGCCGAAUCGUCAUCAGCGUCGGUCUCAUCGGCUCCUGUCUAGCAGCCAUGAAAGCAGCCUGGAGUUUCUAUCUCCUCCGCCUCCUCCUAGGAAUCGUAACAGCAGGAAUGUGGCCCGGAAUGACCUACUACCUAACCCUCUUCUACCCACCCAGCCGAAUCGGCAAAAGAAUUGGCCAAUACUUCACCGCAUCGCAAGUCUCCGCCGCAGUCGUCGGACUCGUCUCCGCCGGCUUCCAACAAAUGGACGGACUGCACGGCCUCGUCGGCUUCCAAUGGAUGUUCCUAGUCUACGGCGUGAUCACCGUAGCCCUAGGCUUCGCCCUCCUCUGGUGGCUCCCAGACCGGCCCACCCCACCGGACGAGGCCCUCCCCCCACGCCCCAAGCUCCUCAGCUGGCUUCCGCGGUCCCCGCCCGCGCUGAGUGGUCGCGAUGCGCGCGUCCAUUAUCGCGAUAUGAAACGCGUUUAUCAUUCGCCUGCUUGGACGCUCAGGGACUUGGGUCGGGUCUUUGCGGACUGGCGUCUGUGGCCGUUGCUCGUGAUGUAUUUCGGCGUUGUGGGCGUCGGCAUUGGAGUGCAGCUGUAUGCGAACUUGAUUAUUCAGGCUAUUAACCCAACGCUGAGUGGUGUUGAUCUGAGUCUUUUGACUGCGCCUAUUUGGAUUAUGGAUCUCAUCGCAAUCCUCCUCGUGACACCGCUCUCGGACCGGUUCCAUCGCCACCGAGCAAUCUUCUUCUCGGUGCCUGUUCUCCUCCAGAUCUUGGGUCUGUUGUUAACGAGCUACGCCGGCAGCGAUGCAAACCCGUGGCCUCGCUACGGCGGCUUGUUGAUCGUAGGCUUUGGUCUUGGGCCGACGGUGCCAAUCACCAUGACCUGGACGACGGAGAUCUUCCAGCCGCGCCAUGGCGAAGUCGGCGUAGCUGCUGCCUCAGCUGUGGUAUCUGGGUUGGGGAAUCUGGGGUCGAUUUUGACUACUUAUGCGCUUUAUUCUGGGUGGAAGAGUGAUUACGAGGCUCCUGGACGGCAGAAGUAUCGCAAGAGUAAUCUUGUGAUGGUGGGGAUUUUGAUUGGGAGUAUUCUUGCUGCUGCUCUGAUGGAGGUUAUGUUGAGGGUUGUUGAUGGGCGGUAUAAGAAUGAUAAUGGGAAGGGCAAUGGCAAUGAGGAGGUUGAUGGGGCUGGACGGAGAGAAGUGCGGCAGAGGGGUUUGGAUGGGCUCGGACGCAGAUUUAAGAGGUUUGGGUUGAGGGGAGGUGCUUAG